GGUUUUUUUCAGCUUUACCAACAGGGUCGUCUGUGCCAGCUGGGUAGUGAAUUUUGUGAACUAGAAGUUUUUGCCAAGGUGCUACGAGCUUUAGAUAAAAGACAUCUGCUCCAUCACUGUUUCCAGGCUUUGAUGGACCAUGGGGUCAAAGUGGCUUCUGUCCUGGCCUAUUCCUUCAGCAGAAGGUGCUCCUACAUUGCAGAGUCAGAUGCUGCUGUCAAAGAAAAAGCAAUCCAGAUUGGGUUUGUUUUAGGGGGGUUCCUGUCGGAUGCAGGCUGGUACAGUGAUGCUGAGAAGGUGUUCCUGUCCUGCCUUCAGCUGUGCACCCUCCACGAUGAGAUCCUGCACUGGUUCCGUGCCGUGGAGUGCUGUGUGAGGUUGCUGCACGUCCGGAACGGGAACUGUAAAUACCACCUGGGGGAGGAGACGUUCAAGCUGGCCCAGUCCUACAUGGACAAGCUGGCCAAGCACGGCCAGCAGGCCAACAAGGCCGCGCUCUACGGCGAGCUCUGCGCCCUGCUCUUCGCCAAGAGCCACUACGACGAGGCCUACAAGUGGUGCAUAGAGGCCAUGAAGGAGAUCACGGUGGGGCUGCCCGUGAAGGUGGUGGUGGAUGUGCUACGACAAGCCUCAAAGGCCUGUGUGGUGAAGCGGGAGUUCAAGAAGGCUGAGCAGCUCAUCAAGCACGCCGUGUACCUGGCCAGGGAGCAUUUUGGAGCCAAGCACCCCAAAUACUCUGACACGCUACUAGACUAUGGGUUUUACUUGCUCAACGUAGACAAUAUCUGCCAAUCUGUUGCCAUCUAUCAGACAGCGCUCGAUAUCCGGCAGUCGGUGUUUGGAGGUAAAAACAUCCACGUAGCCACAGCCCACGAAGACCUGGCUUAUUCUUCAUAUGUUCACCAGUACAGCUCUGGCAAAUUCGACAAUGCACUAUUCCAUGCUGAACGUGCUAUUGGCAUUAUAACUCACAUUCUCCCAGAGGACCAUCUUCUCUUGGCCUCUUCGAAGAGAGUGAAAGCACUCAUCCUGGAGGAGAUUGCCAUAGACUGUCACAACAAGGAGACAGAGCAGAGGCUGCUCCAGGAGGCUCAUGACCUGCACCUCUCCUCGCUCCAGUUGGCCAAAAAAGCCUUUGGGGAGUUCAACGUGCAAACAGCCAAACACUACGGCAACCUGGGCAGGCUGUACCAGUCCAUGAGGAAGUUCAAGGAAGCAGAGGAAAUGCACAUCAAGGCAAUUCAGAUCAAGGAGCAGCUCCUGGGCCAGGAGGAUUAUGAAGUCGCCCUCUCCGUGGGCCAUCUCGCCUCCCUCUACAACUAUGACAUGAACCAGUAUGAAAAUGCUGAAAAGCUUUAUUUGAGAUCCAUAGCAAUUGGUGAGUGA